AUGGAAACCGAAUACCUGAAGAGGUGCUUUGGAAAUUGCCUGGCCCAGGCGCUGGCAGAAGUGGCAAAGGUUCAGCCCAGUGAUCCCAUAGAGUACCUGGCUCACUGGCUUUAUCAUUACAAGAAAACGGUGAUGGCAAAAGAAAAGGAUAGGCAAGAGAAGAUCCAGCUGCAAGAAGAAUAUGAAAAUAGCCUCAAAGAAACCAGAGUGACAGAAAUGCUGAUGCAAGAAGAGUGUGAGAUUCAACAGAAGUGUGAAAAGUGUCAUCCCAUGCCACUGAUAUCUGUAGCGAGUUCCACAAAGAAGACCAUGUUCAUGCAGGAGAACACAAAACCCCUUGAGAAGGAAGCCUUGAAGCAGGAACCCCUGCCAGGAACUUCCAGCAUGAUUCCAGGAAUGCCUCAACAGAUUCCUUCUUCAGAGCCAUCUGUCCAGGUUGACUGGAACGUUGAAACUCCACAAGACAUAAAUUACCAGGCUUUUCAGCCUGAAAUUAUUCCUGAAAUGCAUCCUGGCUCCAAAUCUCCCUAG